CCACCUCUGUCUCCCUCUCUCCACGAACUGCCCAGGAGUGAGCAGCUGCUCCCGGUUGGCUCUGCCUGACGACAGACACAGGACAGCUUGACAUCCUAGUCCACCAACUAAGCAGCCUGCACCUGGCUGCUUCUCCCUCCUGAGCCCACAGUCAAAGGCUCCUUGGAUAUAGCUGGGACUUCAGGAACAUUCGCCAUGAGUCCCCUGUGGCUACUCACCUUGCUGCUGGCCCCGAGCCAGGCCCUGCCCUUUGAGCAGAAGGGCUUCUGGGACUUCACCUUGGAUGAUGGGCUGCUCAUGAUGAAUGAUGAGGAGGCUUCAGGAUCAGACACCACCUCAGGUGUUCCCGACCUGGACUCUCUCACACCUACCUUCAGUGCCAUGUGUCCUUUUGGCUGCCACUGUCACCUGCGGGUUGUUCAGUGCUCUGACUUGGGUCUAAAGACUGUGCCCAAGGAGAUCUCACCUGACACCACACUGCUAGACCUGCAGAACAAUGAUAUCUCUGAGCUCCGCAAGGAUGACUUCAAAGGCCUUCAACACCUCUAUGCCCUUGUCCUGGUAAACAAUAAGAUCUCCAAGAUCCAUGAGAAGGCCUUUAGUCCUCUGCGGAAGCUGCAAAAACUGUACAUCUCCAAGAACCACCUGGUGGAGAUCCCUCCCAACCUGCCCAGCUCCCUGGUUGAGCUACGAAUCCAUGACAACCGUAUUCGAAAAGUGCCCAAGGGUGUAUUCAGCGGACUCCGGAACAUGAAUUGCAUUGAGAUGGGUGGUAAUCCCCUGGAGAACAGCGGCUUUGAACCAGGAGCCUUUGAUGGCCUGAAGCUCAACUACCUGCGCAUCUCAGAAGCCAAGCUCACAGGCAUCCCCAAAGAUCUCCCUGAGACCCUGAAUGAACUUCACUUGGACCACAACAAAAUCCAGGCAAUUGAGUUGGAAGACCUACUUCGCUACUCCAAGCUGUACAGGCUGGGCUUAGGCCACAACCAGAUCCGGAUGAUUGAGAAUGGGAGCCUGAGUUUUCUGCCUACCCUGCGGGAACUCCACUUAGACAACAACAAGCUGUCCCGGGUGCCUGCUGGCCUCCCAGACCUCAAGCUCCUCCAGGUGGUCUAUCUGCACUCCAACAACAUCACCAAGGUGGGCAUCAACGACUUCUGCCCCAUGGGCUUUGGAAUCAAGAGGGCCUACUAUAACGGCAUCAGCCUCUUCAACAACCCUGUGCCCUACUGGGAAGUGCAGCCAGCCACCUUCCGCUGCGUCACUGACCGCCUGGCCAUCCAGUUUGGAAAUUAUAAGAAGUAAAGACAGUAGUAGCCACCAUGGUGGCCUUGGUGAGAGUCUCUGAGGAACAUAGCCAGACGUUCCACAGGGGAAGGGGAAGCAAAAAAGCAAAGGCCCCCCCACAUUUGUUCCCCAACACUAACUCACUGCCCCACCACAGCCUCCCCCUGGCUCCCAAGCAUGCACAAAUGCACAUGGCCUGGCCCUUUCAUCCAUUCCCCUCAGCUUUUGAGAUUUAAACACUCACUUAUAUCCCCUCAAAGACUCCCUAUAAAUCUUUCUUGUUGUCCA